AUGGCUUCAGAUAAGAACACCGUCUUCACCCUUAACAAUGGCGUGAAGAUUCCCGGUGUUGGUUUCGGUACCUUUGCCAGCGAGGGAGCCAAGGGCGAGUCUUACAACGCCGCCAAGUACGCCCUCGAAGCUGGCUACAGACAUCUCGACUGCGCCUGGUUCUACGGAAACGAAGACGAAGUUGGCCAGGCUGUCCGCGAUUUCCUCAAGGAGAACUCGAGCGUAAAGCGCGAAGAUCUAUUCAUUUGCACCAAGGUGUGGAACCACCUCCACGAACCCGACGAGGUUAAGUGGUCAUUCCAAAACUCCCUCGACAACUUCGGCCUGGACUACAUCGACCUUUACCUUGUUCACUGGCCAAUCGCCGCCGAGAAAGACGAGAAGCACCAGCCCAAGAUCGGAGCGGACGGAAAAUACGUCAUCAAGAAAGACCUCACUGAAAACUUUGAGCCAACAUGGAGAGCAAUGGAGGAGCUCGCUGAGAGCGGCAAGGCUCGCGCCAUCGGAGUGUCCAACUGGACUAUUCCUGGUUUGAAGAAGCUUCUGAGUUUCGCUAAGAUCAAGCCAACCGUCAACCAGAUCGAGAUCCACCCUUUCCUGCCUAACGAGGAGCUUGUCAAGUUUUGUUUGGAGAACGACAUUCUGCCAUCUGCCUACUCUCCACUUGGAUCGCAGGAUCAGGUGCCAAACACUGGCGAGAAGGUUCGCACCAACAAGUCACUCAACGAGACGGCCGACCGAAGCGGGAACACACUUGCUCAGGUCCUGCUGGCGUGGGGCUUGCGACGAGGCUACGCAGUGCUGCCCAAGAGCUCGACACCGUCGCGAAUUGAGAGCAACCUCCAGAUCCCGGAACUAUCGGAUGAGGACUUCGAGGCCAUCAAUGCCGUGGCCAAGGGCAGACACACUCGAUUCGUAAACAUGAAGGAUACCUUUGGCUACAAUGUUUGGCCCGAGGAGUCGGUGGAAGCUGGCACUGCCGUCGCUUGA